AUGAGCAGCGUAAACAGAACCAACCUCCACCCGGCUGGCGUCCAACCGUCAAAGGAACACACGGAGAUUGAGGAGCAGCUUUACGACAGAGCACACAUCGACUACGACCGUGUAGCAAUUGUAGCAAACCCCUCCGUCGCCUCUCUCUACGAAGAUGCCCUCGUCUACGAGUCUGGUUCGGCCAUCACAGCCAGCGGAGCUCUCUGCGCAUACUCUGGGGCGAAGACGGGACGCUCACCCUCGGACAAGCGCAUCGUGAAGGAAUCGUCUUCAGAGAACGAAAUCUGGUGGGGUCCGGUCAACAAGCCUAUGUCGACCGAUGUCUGGCGCAUCAACCGCGAGCGUGCCAUUGACUACCUCAACACCCGCAAGCGCAUCUAUGUCAUCGAUGGCUUCGCCGGCUGGGACGAGCGCUACCGCAUCCGCGUGCGUGUCGUUUGCGCGCGCGCCUACCACGCCCUUUUCAUGAGGAACAUGUUGAUCCGUCCGUCGCGAGAAGAGCUCGAGCAUUUCCAGCCAGACUAUGUCAUCUACAAUGCGGGCGCCUUUCCCGCCAACAGAUACACUGCCGGUAUGACCUCAUCCACCUCUGUGGCCAUCAACUUUGCCGAGAAGGAGAUGGUCAUUCUUGGCACCGAGUACGCCGGCGAGAUGAAGAAGGGUAUCUUCACCGUGCUCUUCUACGAGAUGCCCGUCAAGCACAACGUCCUGACCCUCCACUCGUCGGCCAACGAGGGCAAGGAUGGCGACGUUACCGUCUUCUUCGGCCUCUCCGGGACCGGCAAGACCACUCUCUCCGCCGAUCCCAAGCGCGCCCUCAUCGGCGACGACGAGCACUGCUGGGGCGACAGGGGAGUUUUCAACAUUGAAGGCGGCUGCUAUGCCAAGUGCAUUGGACUCUCUGCUGAGAAGGAGCCCGAUAUCUUUAAUGCCAUCCGGUUCGGCUCCAUCCUGGAGAACGUCGUCUUCGACCCCAUCACCCGUGUCGUCGACUACGAUGAUGAUACCCUGACGGAGAACACGCGCUGCGCCUACCCCAUCGAGUACAUUGAGAACACCAAGAUCCCCUGCAUCUCGAGCAGUCACCCCAAGAACAUUAUCCUCCUCACCUGCGAUGCCCGCGGUGUCCUGCCCCCCAUCUCCAAGCUCAACAAGGAACAGGUCAUGUACCACUUCAUCUCCGGCUACACUUCCAAGAUGGCCGGCACCGAGGUCGGUGUUACCGAGCCCCAGGCGACCUUUUCGACCUGUUUCGCCCAGCCCUUCCUUGCCCUGCAUCCCAUGCGCUACGCCAAGAUGCUGGCCGCCAAGAUUGAGGAGCACAACUCGGAUGCAUGGCUUCUCAACACUGGAUGGGUGGGCUCGAGCGUAUCUAAGGGAGGCAAGAGAAUACCGUUGAAAUAUACUCGUGCCAUGCUCGAUGCUGUUCACAGCGGCGAGCUCGCCAAAGCAGAGUACGAGACCUACGAAGUCUUCAAUCUCCAAGUCCCGAAGAGCUGUCCUGGUGUCCCAGAUGAUCUCCUUAAUCCUAUGAGGAGCUGGAGCGGAUCGGGAGAUUUCCAAGAGGAGGUCGAAAAGCUCGCCAGGUUGUUCAUGGACAACUUCAAGCGGUAUGACGCGACGCCUGAAGUGAUCAAGGCCGGCCCGCACGUCUGUUGUUGCCCUAAACACUAG